AUGCAUCAUAGUCCUGAAUUAACUGGAGAAACACGUACAGAAACAGAUACAUUUGGUCCAAUUAAAGUACCAGCUGAAUGUUAUUAUGGUGCUCAGACUGCUCGUUCAAUGAUUUAUUUUAAUAUCGGAUUACCUACAGAUCGAAUGCCACUUCCAUUAAUAGAAGCAUUUGGUUUAUUAAAAAAAUCAUGUGCAAUCGUAAACAAACAAUUUGGACUAGAUGAUCAAAUCUCAAAUGCUAUAUCACAAGCAUGUGAUGAAGUUAUUGCUGGAAAAUUAAAUGAUCAUUUUCCAUUAAGUAUAUGGCAAACAGGAUCAGGUACACAAACUAAUAUGAAUGUAAACGAAGUUAUUUCUAAUCGUGCAAUACAAAUUCUUGGUGGUACUAUGGGAAGUAAAACACCUGUUCAUCCAAAUGAUCAUGUGAAUAAAAGUCAAAGUUCAAAUGAUACAUUUCCAACAGCUAUGCAUGUAGCUGCUAUAUUAGAAUUACAACGACGAUUAUAUCCUGCAUUGACUUAUCUUCAUACUGAAUUAAAAAAGAAAUCAGAAGAAUUCGCAUCGAUUUAUAAAAUAGGUCGAACACAUUUACAAGAUGCUGUACCUAUGACACUUGGACAAGAAUUUUCUGGUUAUACACAUCAAAUUGCAAUGGGAAUUGAACGAUUAAAAACUUCUCAAACACGUUUAUGUGAAUUAGCUAUUGGUGGAACAGCUGUUGGAACUGGAAUAAAUACACCAAAAGGUUUUGGAAAAUUUGUUGCUAAAACUUUAAAUGAACUUACUCAAUUACCUUUUAUUGAUGCACCAAAUAAAUUUGAAGCAUUAGCAACACAUGAUACAAUGGUUGAAUUAAGUGGAGCACUCAAUACAUUAGCUGUUAGUUUAAUGAAGAUUGCAAAUGAUAUCCGUCUUUUGGGUUCGGGACCACGUUGCGGGAUUGGUGAAUUGGUAUUACCAGAAAAUGAACCAGGUAGUUCAAUUAUGCCUGGUAAAGUAAAUCCAACACAAUGUGAAGCUAUGACAAUGGUAGCUGCACAAGUUAUGGGUAAUCAUGUUGCUGUUACUAUUGGUGGUUCAAUGGGCAAUUUUGAAUUGAAUGUUUUUAAACCAUUGAUCAUUCGAAAUGUUCUUCAUUCAAUCAGAAUUCUUGCUGAUGUUUGUAAUUCAUUUACUGAACAUUGUAUCUCAGGAAUUCUACCAAAUACGAAUGUAUUAGCACGUUAUAUGCGUGAAUCACUUAUGUUAGUGACAGCACUUAAUCCAUAUAUUGGUUAUGAUAAAGCAGCAGCGAUUGCAAAGAAAGCACAUAAAGAAGGAACAACAUUACUCGAAUCAGCAUUGACUCUUGGAUAUUUAACAGAAGAAGAAUUUAAUAAAUAUGUGAAUCCGAAAGAUAUGGUUUAA